GCGCCUUCCCUAUCCACUCAAGAGCCUCAGAUCUGUGUUCAAUAUAAUUAGGUGAGACGUAACUUGCGUGAUGAGACCAUAGCUUCUCUUAUUUUUUUAUGAGAAUCUGCAAGCCCUGCUUUGUCGAUGAACCGAACCUCUAAAACUUGGAUUUCCCGGUUAUACAUCUCCCUUGAGUACUUCUACUUACUCACGUCUUCCUUGUUCUUUCUUUGCUUUGUCAGAGAAGUGUCCUAUACCGUGACUCGGGGCGCUUUAUCCCGCCAUGUGGAUUCCACAGAACCCUCUACACAAGCUGAAGAUUGCUGUACAUCUUCUUCAAGCUAUCCUUACCUUUGUCACAGGAUGUAUGACUCUUGCCAUUCUGACGGAAAAGGGCAAUCAUGACAGUCGUGUGCAAUGGUGUUUUGCUCUUUGUUUUCUUACCAUGCCUGCUUUGAUGUAUCAGUGCAUAGUACCUUGCUGGACAAGGCUAUGGCGACUGGCUAAUCCUUAUGUUUUCGUUGCAAUCGAUUCGGUGUUUACUAUAUUAUGGAUCUCAGCAUUUGCCUCUUCCUGUGCCUGGACAGCAAAGGGCAUGCAGAAAGGAGCGACCGACAAGAAAUUGUCCCCAAGCUCUGCCUCCUGCUCAACAUUCGACUACGGCUCAGCAACAACCUGUAAUCUCGCAAAAGCAACCACAGGCCUCGGCGUCACAGUCUGCAUCCUCUUCCUAGCAGCAUCAAUAAUCUCCAGCAUCGAUGCCUACAACUUCCACGUCUCAGGCAUCUCCCACACACAACCAGAAAUCUACGGCCAGACACCCUCCCGUGCCUCAUCUCCAGAAGGCAAGGAUGAAUGGUCCCUCAGUACCGACGACUUGCCCAUAAAAUCCUACACACCGGAUGCGUAUCAAGGCUGGACACACAGCGACCACGAAGAGCCCGCUGCAUUUGUGGAAUCGGAUACAAUGGAAGGACGCCACCCAGGUCGUCAAAUCAGUUGCUCAAGUACGAAAACGAUACCGUAUGAAAGGGAUCUUACACCUAGUGCCAUGAGUCCCACAGUGGCGGAGACGAGAUAUGUAGGUGUUUUCCCACCUGCGACGGCGAAUUACAGUUUUUCGAGGGAGUGAAGAUGCUUAUUAUGAAAAGAAUGAAUGGGGAAGUGAGCCAGCCUUUAGAGAUGGGGACGAGCAGUAGAUACAGGAUGCUGCUUUGUUGUGCUUUCCUUCUUCAUGCACCAGUCAGACCAAACUACAUAGUAUACAGUACACAGUCGAAUACAUAUGUUCACAAAUCU